GUCCGCGGCGGCUUCAACCGGAAGUGGUGGUGGCAGUCAGCGGAAGUGAAGGGGUCGAGCGGUGUUGUGUGUUGGUGUUGUGUCGCCGCCGCCGCCGCCGCCGCCAUGGACACCUCGGCCAAGGAGAAGGAGGCCACGCGGCUCAUGGCCGACGCCGAGAAGAAGCUCAGCUCGUCCAGGAAUGUCUUCAGCUUCCUGUUCGGGGGAUCGUCUAAGGUGGAGGAAGCGUGCGAGAUGUAUUGCAGAGCGGGCAACAUGUUCAAAAUGGCCAAAAACUGGAGUGCUGCAGGCAAUGCCUUCUGUCAGGCCGCCAGGCUUCACCUCCAGCUACAGAGCAAACACGAUGCAGCCACCAAUUUUGUGGACGCAGGGAAUGCCUUCAAGAAGUCCGAUCCUCAGGAGGCCAUUAAUUGUUUGAACAGGGCUAUAGAGAUUUACACAGACAUGGGCCGGUUUACAAUAGCGGCAAAGCAUCAUAUAUCGAUCGCGGAGAUCUACGAGACAGAGUUGGUGGAUGUGGAGAAGGCGAUCGCUCAUUACGAACAAGCAGCCGAUUACUACAAAGGAGAGGAGUCUAACAGCUCCGCCAACAAGUGUUUGCUGAAAGUGGCUACGUAUGCCGCCCAGCUCGAACAGUAUCCCAAAGCCAUCGAAAUCUACGAACAAGUUGGCACCAGUGCGAUGGACAGCCCUUUACUGAAGUACAGUGCCAAGGAAUACUUCUUCAAAGCUUCCCUCUGCCACUUCUGUGUGGACAUGUUGAACGCCAAGUUUGCUGUGUCAAAAUACGAGGAAAUGUUUCCGGCUUUCUCUGACUCCAGAGAGUGCAAACUGGUCAAGAAGCUGCUCGAUGCCUGUGAGGAGCAAAACGUGGAAGGCUACACCGAUGCUGUAAAGGAAUAUGACUCGAUCUCGAGGUUAGAUCAGUGGUUGACCACAAUGCUGCUUCGCAUCAAGAAGACUAUCCAGGGCGAGGAAAGUGACCUUCGUUAGAGACUCUCUCUCCCCUCGUCUCCCUCUUCCCCUCCCACCCCCUCCCUUCACCUCACCGGGGAUGGGAGUGGGUUUGGGGGCCGAAAGAGAGAGAGUGGGGGGAGUGGGGGGACAUUAUUGAUCUGGUUCAUUGCAAAAAAAAACCUGCAAAUCGAAAAACGUGGAGGAGGGAACAUUCCAGCAAUGGGAUUGUUUCGCUCAAUUUUUCGCCUUUAAUCCGCAGUGAAACUGUCUCCUUUUACCUGCAGGUUUGGCUUGCUUAACCCCCCCCCCCCAAUCCAGUUUUAUCUCUCUC